UAACUUCCUGCAGAUUCUAAACACAAGCUUGCUCGCUCACUCACACAUAAAGCUACCUCUUGACAACAGCUACCACUAGCUCUUACAACGAGCCAGCUUGCAGUACAGAGAAGAGGCAAUGAGCGGUGGGGUGUGGUUUCCUGCACUGGGGCUGGUGGCCUGGCUGUGCUGCCUCAGGCUGGGGCCAGUUCAGGGGGAGAAGGUGCUGGUUGUGCCUAUGGAUGGAAGUCACUGGCUUAGCAUGAAGAUACUGGUGAAGGAGCUGAGCCGCAGGGGCCAUGAGGUUUUGGUGCUGGUGCCUGAAUACAGCCUGCUGAUGAAUAGUUCAGACAGCUUCAAGACAGAGUUCUACCCAGUGUCCUUUACCAAAGCUGAACUGGAUGGAAAACUAAACGAGCUUGCGGAUGGAGUGUUCCUCAAGCCACCGGAAUUCACAGAUCUGUUUAUCAAUGUGCAGCGUCUGGUUAGCUUUACUUCACUGCAGGUCAAAGGCUGCGAGAGUUUGCUGAACAACCAGCCUCUUAUGAGUCAACUGAAGGAUGAGGGGUUCGAUCUUGUGCUCACAGACCCCUUCCUUCCCUGCGGCUCCAUUCUGGCUCAUGUCUUUUCUAUUCCAGUGGUCUAUUUCCUGAAUGGACUUCCAUGUGAGCUGCAUGCAAAGGCUAGCCAGUGUCCCUCUCCUCCUUCCUACGUUCCUGUGGCCUAUUCUGGUAAUACAGACAUCAUGACCUUCCCACAGAGAGUCAAAAACAUGUUGAUGUCUACAAUGGAGUCCUACUUGUGCAGAAUAAUGUAUGUCCACUUUGACGAUCUGGUCAGCAAUUAUUUAGGAGACAACAUGAGCUACAAGGACCUUCUUAGUCAUGGCGCUAUGUGGCUUCUCAGAUAUGACUUUGCUUUUCAAAGACCCAGACCUCUCAUGCCAAACAUGGUUUUAAUUGGAGGUAUCAAUUGCAAUGCAAAGAAAGCUCCUCUGCCAGCGGACUUGGAGGAGUUUGUGGAUGGCUCAGGGGACGACGGCUUUAUUGUCUUUACUCUGGGCUCAAUGGUGUCCAGCAUGCCUGAGGAUAAGGCUAAACAGUUCUUUGAGGCCUUUCGGCAAAUUCCUCAAAGGGUUCUGUGGAGAUACACUGGAGCCCAACCUAAAGAUGUACCCAAGAAUGUGAGACUUUUGAAGUGGUUACCUCAGAAUGAUCUUUUAGCCCAUCCCAAAGCUAAAGUCUUCAUGACUCACGGAGGUUCCCACGGUAUCUAUGAGGGGAUCUGUAAUGCUGUACCCAUGUUGAUGUUGCCACUGUUUGGGGACCAGGCGGACAAUGUACAUCGCAUGGUGUCCCGCGGUGUGGCAGAGAAACUCGGAAUGUAUGAUGUGACGACUGAAAGCCUAUUGGCUGCACUUAAUAAAAUCAUCCAUGACAAAAGUUACAAAGAGAAGAUGGUGAUGCUGUCUCAGAUUCACCUGGACCGCCCUGUUCAGCCUUUGGACCUGGCUGUUUUCUGGACCGAGUUCGUGAUAAGACACAAAGGAGCCAAACACUUAAGGGUAGCUGCACAUGACUUGAACUGGAUUCAGUACCAUAGCCUGGAUGUCAUCGGCUUUUUUGUCGUCAUUCUCCUAACUGUUUUGUGGGUGACACUCAAAUGCUGCAUGUUCUGCACCCGUAAGUGUUGCAGAAAGGGGACUUCAAAGAAGAAGCAACAGUAGUGUUUCUAAUGCAACAGUCAUAAGCUUUUAUAAACUGUAAUGAAGUAUAAUGGAGGUUGAAACACUGCAAUGACAUGUCACACUAGUGUUAUGUGUGUGUGUGUGUGUGUGUGUGUGUGUGUGUGUGUGUGUGUGUGUGUGUGUGUGUGUGUGUGUGUGUGUGUGUGUGUGUGUGUGUGUGUGUGUGUAUAAAUAAUUGACUUUGAGCCACUCUCUGGAAAAACAAACUAUAAAGCUAAUAACAUUUUUUUUUAACUUUGUCAUGGAUUUAUUUUGUAAUAUUUUUAUAACAAAUGUUUUAAAUGUUUUAAAAAAAAUGUUUUUUCUUUUAGCUGCUCUCCCUCACUGGUAACAUUUCUUACAUUCUCGCAUACAGCUCCUCAGGUUAAUGUCUAGAUAAAUUCAAGGUUGCAGUGCAUGUGCGAAAGGGGCUAUAGUCUGCCAGUGAGCAGUAGUAUUCAGGAAUGUAUCAGAGGGCACUCAAAGGCUGUUAUUAAGGAAGCAGAUGGCUGUUCACUGUUAUUUACUAAGUGAUGCUAAGGUGUGAACUUGUGACCUUUCAGUCAAAGUUUUAUUUGGGACCCUCAGGCUGCUGUUAGUUUGCAGUCAACCAAAGCUAUGUGGAUGCACUAUUGAACAGCCCAUUAUCUUACCCAAGAAGAAUGUCAGCUAGUCUUUAUUUUUCUCCCUCCGACUCUGCCUACUAGCAAAAGAAGAAAAGCAGGGAAGGCUCUGUGGAUAUAUCAUAGCUUCAAUUCAACCAGGAGCCCCUGUGGCCUGUCGAGAGAAGCCAAACAAUGUGUUCAAUGUGGGCAGAAUCUUCAGCUCGGUCUGAAGAUAAAUUAUGUGUCAUCUUGGGUUCUACCUGGGCCGCGUUGAGUUUUAUUAAAUUUACCAGCACUCAA